GUCACGCUGACGUAGAGACAGUUUAGCACGUUGGCCAACCACCACGCGUCGAGGCUAUUGAGGAUCGGUAUAUAAAGGGCGCUGUGUGGCUGCGCGGAAAACGUAUCCGAGGCCCGCCGCACGGUACAGCAAAACCGCGAUGUCGGAAGUCACGUGGCUUGGGACAGUGUUAGCCCUUGUGGCGGGAUUCCUGUCUCUGUCCACCGUCCAGGCCCAGUACGUACAGCUAUACGGUGCUGGCCCGGAGCCGUAUCAAAGGAGCCUGCAGCGGAGCAUUCCCUCUAUGACCGGAGUAGAAUUGGCGAAUUUGCUGCAGAGGUUACUGCGAGACGCCGCGUUGCUACGCAAGCGCUCGACCGAGAGCAGUGACGGACAGCUUGAUGCGAUACCUCCUGGCUUCGUCGGUGCUCGUGGCCGGCGUCACGACGUGAUCCUCGAGCCGCCACCGGGAUUCGUGGGCGCUCGGGGCAAACGUGGCUCCUCGGUGCCCCUCUUUCUUGCCGACCUCAGCGACACUGCAGCUGACCCGCCUAGGUCGCAAAUAGACAGGCCGCUUGGCUCGCAAUAAACGCCUCGUCAUUGAAUACGAAAUAAAAAAAAAAACGGCACGAAGUGCCACCGCCUUGCACCAAGGGUGUAGACAAUAAAAAUAAAAUGGAAAUAUGAAUAAAUAUUGCUAAU